AUGUGGUUUCCUUUAAUCACGAGACGACCUGUCUACGCACCUAUCACCGUCGAUUCUGAUGAAGAAGCAAAAUCGAGGCUUGAUAGAAGUUACAAGAACAAACUGAGCUUGAGAUUGAACAUUCUGCUACUCGUUGCCCUUUGUUCCGUAUCUUGUACACUGGGAUUCCUUGCUGCAAGAUUCCUAGACACGCAAUCGAUCGCUUCCCGUGUAGGACUUCGAUUUGCUAAAGAACUGAGUACUUUCUCCUAUAGUCGCAAUUUCUCGUAUCCGCCAUCUAAUACCACAGAUGCUGCUUGGAAUGGAUUGUUUAUGACAAAAGGUGAUGGGGGAUUCUUCAAUCAUCCUUAUGUGAAAGGAGAAAGAGCUACAUUGAGCGUCUUGCAUCAGUUACACUGUUUGGAUGGUAUACGUCACAUUUACUACCUCAACAAUGACGCAGCGACGACUGGAACAGUACUUCUUGACGAAGAAUUAGACCUUCAUAUGAGAAGAAGUCACAUGAGGCAUUGUAUUGAUUUUUUGAGGCAGAGUUUGAUGUGUUGUGGGGAUAGUAGUAUUGAGAGGGUCAAUCCUGAGCUGAAGGGUGUUACGGGAUGGGGUACUGAGCAUAUGUGUACGAAUUGGGAAGAGUUGCAGGAAUGGGUUGGAGAGAGGCAGAGAUUAGAUCGCGAGGGAUGA